ACUUUUGUUUACCAAUCUGAUUUUGUUAGGAAUAAUGGAAUUUGAUGUCAUACUUGGUAUGGAUUGGUUGUCUACCCAUUUUGCCAUGGUUUAUUGUUAUGAGAAGGUGGUUACCUUUUCCGCUCCUAAUCAGCCGGUGAUUCGGUUUGAAGGAGAAAAAGUUGGAUCAUUUCCGUUACUUGUUUCUUGCGUGCAAGUCGAUAAAAUGUUGCAGCAUGAAUGUUAUGGACAUCUGGCAUAUGUUUUUGAGUCUAAAGAUAAGAUAGUAUCUGUAGAAGGAAUUCGGGUAGUGGAGGACUUUCCUAAUGUUUUCCCUACGGAGUUGGCUAGGUUGCCUCCAGAUAGGGAGAUUGAAUUUAUUAUAGACCUUGUGCCCGGUACUUCACCAAUAUCCCAACAACCCUAUAGGAUGGCUCCAGCAGAAUUAAUUAAAGUGAAGAAGCAGUUACAAGAGCUUCUUGAUAAAGGGUUUAUUAGACUCAAUACUUCUCCUUGGGGUGCUCCGGUUCUUUUUGUAAAGAAGAAAGAUGGCUCGAUUAGAUUGUGCAUUGACUAUAGACGGCUAAAUCAAGUCACCGUCAAAAACAAAUAUCCUUUGCCAAGGAUUGAUGAUUUGUUUGACCAAUUACAAUGGGCUUGUGUUUUCUCCAAAAUUGAUCUUAGAUCGGGUUACUACCAGCUAAAGGUUAAACUCGAGGAUGUGAUGAAGACUGCUUUUAGGAGCAGAUAUAGGCACUACGAGUUCCUAGUAAGGCCGUUUGGUCUAACCAAUGGCCCUGCAGCUUUUAUGAAUCUUAUGAAUAGGAUCUUUCACCUGUACUUAGAUAAGUUUGUCAUUGUCUUUAUUGAUGACAUUCUUAUCUUUUCUCCUGAUGAAGAGAGCCACAAGAAGCAUCUUGCCAUUGUAUUGCAAAUUUUGCAAGAAAAGAAGUUGUAUGCCAAGUUUGAUAAAUGUGGGUUUUGGUUGAAUCAGAUUAGUUUUCUGGGUCUUAUUGUUUCGAAAGAUGGCAUAUCAAUUGAUCCAAGUAAAGUGGAAGUAGUUGUGAAGUGGGAAAGGCCGACUACUGCCACAGAAUUUGAAUGGACAGAUGAAUGUGAGCAAAGCUUUCAAGAGUUGAAGAACAGGUUGGUCACAACACCAAUUCUUGCUAUUCUUGACAAUGGAGGAAACUUUGUGGUAUAUACCGAUGCUUCUCACAAAGGCUUAGGCUGUGUACUUAUGCAACAUGGACAGGUGAUAGCUUAUGGGUCCAGACAGAUCAAGACACAUGAGAGGAAUUACCCUACUCAUGAUCUAGAACUUGCUACCAUAAUUUUUGCACUUAAGUUGUGGAAGCAUUAUUUGUAUGGAGAAGAGUUUGAGGGACAUGUGGUUGUAGAUGCACUUAGUAGAAAAUCAACUGGCACAUUAGCAAGCUUAAUGGUGAUAGAGUGGAAACUCCUAGAAGAAUUCAAAGAUCUAAAUGUCAGAUUUUUGCCACCCAAGUCUGAUGUACUAGGGUCUAGCUUAAUGGUUCAACUUACAUUGUUGGCAAGAAUCAAGGAAGCACAACAAAAAGAUUCAAGAUUGAUGGAGUUGAUGAAAGACAAUGAGAAGAGCUCCAAAAUGGACCUUCAUAUUUCGGAUGAUGGAAUCAUAAGACUUGGAGAUAAAAUUUGUGUUCCAUAUGAUGAAGGCAUGAAGAAGGAUGUGGCUAAAUAUGUGUCCAAGUGCUUGACUUGUCAAGUGGUAAAAGUAGAGCACCAGAAGCCAGGAGGGCAACUUCAACCUUUGCCUAUACUAGAGUGGAAAUUGACAAAGUCAGCUCACUUUUUGGCCAUAAAACAAAAAGAACUAUUAGACAAGUUGGCUAAGCUUUAUGUUCAGGAGAUUGUUAGACUCCACGGAGUUCCAACAAGCAUUGUAUCAGACAGAGAUCCAAGGUUUACUGCAAGAUUUUGGAGAUCUUUCCAAAAAGCCAUGGGAACUCAAUUGAAAUUAAGCACAACAUACCACCCACAAAUCGAUGGGCAGUUUGAGAGGACUAUUCAAGUGCUUGAAGACAUGUUGAGAGCUUUUAUUAAAAUGGCACCUUAUGAGGCUCUUUAUGGCAAGAGAUGCAAAACUCCAAUUUGUUGGGAAAAAGUUGGUUGUGGAAGGGUAAUGAGGCCUAAUUUUGUGCAGCAAACAACAGAAAAGGUGAAAUUAAUUCAGCAGAGGCUUAAGGUGGCUCAAGACAGACAAAAAAGUUAUGCAGAUAAUAGAAGGAGACCUUUGGAAUUUGAAGUUGGAGAUCGUGUAUUUUUGAAGGUGUCACCAACCAAGGGAGUGUACCGGUUUGGCUUGAAAGGAAAACUCAGUCUGAGGUAUAUCGGCCCGUUUGAGAUUCUUGAAAGGGUAGGUGAAGUGGCUUAUAGAAUUGCAUUGCCUCCAGAAUUGUCAAAUGUGCAUAAUGUAUUUCAUGUGUCUGUUUUGAGGAAGUAUGAGCCAGAUCCUUCACAUGUCAUUAAUUAUGAACCAUUGGAGUUGAAGGAAGAUUUGAAUUACACCGAACAACCAGUAUAGAUUUUGGAUAGGAAAGAAAAGUAUUGAGGAACAAAACUGUACCCUUAGUGAAAGUGUUGUGGCGACAUCAUUUUGAGAAUGAAGCUACAUGGGAACUUGAAAGUCAAAUGAUGAAGCAGUAUCCAAAUUUAUUUUGAUCAGUAGAUCGAGGUAGCAGCCUCUCGGUUUAAGAGCUUUUGGCACGAACUCACGUGCUCGUUGUAUGUACAAGCUAGGGUCUUGUGUUUUCGAUAGGGAGGCAGAUCAAUGUGUUACCAAAACAAUGACUUAGUUUUUGUUCUUUUGAAAAGCUUUGGAGAAGAAAUUUGCCUCAUAUAAUUUUUGUGUAAAUUAUCUUUAUGUAUAUAAUCUUUAAAUUAAUUAUAAAUAAGUUU